AUGAGCGGAUUACGCUUUCUUGACUUGAUCAAGCCCUUCACGCCCCUCCUUCCGGAGGUGGCCGCGCCGGAGACCAAGGUGCCGUUCAACCAGAAGCUCAUGUGGACUGGGUUGACCCUCCUGAUCUUCUUGGUCAUGAGCCAAAUGCCAUUGUAUGGUAUUGUGUCCUCGGAUACCUCUGAUCCCCUUUACUGGCUUCGUAUGAUGCUGGCCAGUAACCGUGGUACUCUGAUGGAACUGGGUAUUACACCCAUCAUCUCUUCCGGCAUGGUCUUCCAGCUUCUCGCCGGAACUCACUUGAUUGAUGUCAACCUCGACCUCAAGACCGACCGUGAAUUGUACCAAACCGCCCAGAAGCUUUUCGCCAUCAUCUUGUCCUUCGGUCAAGCCUGUGUGUACGUGCUCACUGGUCUCUAUGGCCAGCCAAGUGACCUCGGUGCUGGUAUCUGUGUCCUCUUGAUCGUGCAAUUGGUCGUUGCCGGCUUGGUUGUCAUUCUUCUCGAUGAAUUGCUGCAGAAGGGCUACGGUCUCGGCAGCGGUAUCUCUCUCUUCAUUGCCACCAACAUCUGCGAGUCCAUCGUCUGGAAGGCUUUCUCUCCCACUACCAUCAACACUGGUCGUGGCCCUGAGUUCGAGGGCGCCAUCAUCGCUCUCUUCCACCUGCUCUUGACUUGGCCCGACAAGCAGCGCGCAUUGCAAGAGGCUUUCUACCGCCAGAACUUGCCCAACGUCAUGAACCUCCUUGCCACUCUCCUGGUUUUUGCCGCUGUUAUCUACCUCCAGGGCUUCCGCGUUGAGAUUCCUGUCAAGUCUUCCCGCCAGCGUGGCAUGCGCGGAUCUUACCCCGUUCGUCUGUUCUACACUUCGAACAUGCCUAUCAUGCUCCAGUCUGCUCUCUGCUCGAACGUCUUCUUGAUCAGCCAGAUGCUGUACUCUCGUUUCUCUGACAACCUCUUGGUCCGUCUUUUGGGUGUCUGGGAACCACGUGAGGGCUCUGCCCAGCUCUAUGCUGCUUCUGGUAUUGCCUACUACAUGUCUCCCCCUCUCAACUUCAAGGAGGCUCUUCUGGACCCUGUUCACACUGCCAUCUACGUCGUUUUCAUGCUGGUCGCUUGCGCUCUCUUCUCCAAGACCUGGAUUGAGGUGUCUGGCUCCGCCCCCCGUGAUGUCGCUAAGCAGCUCAAGGACCAGGGACUCGUCAUGGCCGGUCACCGUGACCAGAGCAUGUACCGGGAGCUCAAGCGUGUUAUCCCCACUGCCGCUGCUUUCGGUGGUGCCUGCAUUGGUGGUCUGUCUGUCGCUUCCGAUCUUCUCGGUGCCCUGGGCAGCGGUACUGGUAUCUUGCUCGCCGUUACUAUCAUCUAUGGCUACUUUGAAAUUGCUGCCCGAGAAGGUGACUUUGGUUCAGGUCUCAAGGGCCUUGUCCCUGGCAACUAG